CGAUCUCCUUGCUUAUUGGUCUUUCUUGUGUUUGAAAGAAUCAGUUGUUACAGGUAGGAAUUCAUUUUUUUGACUGUUAAAAACAUUAGCCCAACAAAAGCAAUUUUUGAAUCAAAUUGGUGAUUAAUUUGUCAUCAUGUCUUCGACAUCUUCAAACGUAGAAAAUUUAUCUCCUCAUGUAAUUAAGCAAGUCACUAAAGAACUUCACAAAUUGGUUACUGAACCAUUAGAAGGGAUUAAAGUAGUUCUAAAUGAUGAAGACGUUACAAAUAUUCAAGCUAUUAUUGAUGGUCCAGCUGGAACACCUUAUUCUGGAGGAUCUUUUCGGGUUAGAUUGGUACUAGUGCAAGAUUUCCCUUCUGCACCUCCUAAAGCGUACUUCAUCACUAAAGUUUUCCAUCCCAACGUAUCAAGAAAUGGUGAAAUCUGUGUAAAUACCUUGAAAAAGGAGUGGAAGUCUGAUCUUGGUAUUAAGCAUAUUCUUCUUACAAUCAAAUGUUUGCUGAUCGUUCCAAAUCCAGAAUCAGCUCUUAACGAAGAAGCCGGUAAAUUGUUAUUAGACCAUUAUGAUGAUUAUUGCAAAAGGGCCCAGAUGAUGACAGAAAUUCAUGCUCGCGCACCAAAGGAAAAGAAGGAGACCACUGAUAGUGAUGUUGCAGGAACAAGCUCCAAGAGCACAACAAAUAAUGAAUCAAAUAAUGAUAAUUUACCACCAGCUAAAAGGCUUAAGACAAAGUCCAAUCCUGCAAAAGACAAAAAGAAGACCCUUAAAAGAUUAUAAAUGAUCAUGUUUUAGGAAAACGUAAAUUGACUAUAUAUAAUUUAGCAUCUUUGAUACUUAAGACGCUUUCUCUCCAGUCUCACUAUGCCUAAUCUUGCAUACCACUAUUUUCAAUUUUUUUCAUUUACUUGUAUUCUCAAUGUCUAUCUGUCUUUUUAUCGUGAUCUUCUUUUUUUCAAUCAGAUCGCUCUGAGCCUCUUUUUUUAUCGUUUUUUUUCUUUCAAAUUGAAGAGACUGGUUGCAUCCUCUGUAGCAAUAUUGUUAUUUAACAGAGCAGGAAAUAUGUAAACAGAAACUUCGAUCACCAACAAAAUGGUAUUUUCGUCUUAUAAUUCAUUGAAAUUAUCACAAGACCAUGGGCUUACUCACCAUAUUUCUUAAUCAACUUCAAGCAAGAGUUAGUUGCCUUGAAAGUACGAAUUUUUUGCUUGUUUGUAUUGUUUUUCGUUUCGUGUCAUGUUAAAGGUUAUACUGGCCAAAACCAAUAUUUCAUGAUAUGAUUCUGUACUAUCGUGAAGACUGACUUUUUUUCAAAUAUUCAUUAUAUAUACCAUUUCAAUUCAAAACGAAAACUAUAUCAUCGUUUGAACGUUUUCCAGACCAUCGAUAAUUUUUUACAUUUUAAAUUAUUCACAAUCUAGACUAUUCAAUUUUAUCGAUCAAUAACCGUUUAAAUAUGAUAUGGAAACAAAAUUUAGAUUGAAUUUACUAGGCAACACUUAUUAAAUUAACUAAUCUCUAUUCCCAAAUUCACCACUAAAUACACUGUUUAUCAAAUUAAACACUGUCCAUCGUAACCUUUGUCAACCUCUAAACAUUGUAAGCUCAAAGUUCGCAUCGAUUAACAUAACCUAAUCAAAAUAAAUAAAAUAAAUCAUAACA